UGGGUAGGUAUCAGCUGUUCGGGUGACAGUUUGCGAGCCGUGAGUGUGGGGUAUCGAGGUUUAUUGUUUGGGAGGCAAUAUGGCUAUCUGGUAGAUUAGUAGCAGCGCGAUACGUAGACAAAGGAGUAACGCAGUUCUCAUGAUAUUUGUAGACGCGUUGCGCGCACUUGUUCUAGUUGAAUUUUAAAGUUGAGGGGAUCGAGAUAGAUCGGAAGAAUGUUGGAGCUCGAGGUGGUGCCCGAGAGAUCCCUCGGCUGCGAGCAGUGGGAAUUUAUUUUAGGUAUGCAUUUUUCCCAAUCCGUGUCAAUAAUACAGUCCCAAGUGGGCAUUAUAAGAGGAGUACAAGUACUUUAUAGCGAUAGUAAUCCUUUAGAUGUAGACCUAGUAAUAAACUUACCUCACGAUGGAGUUAGGCUUAUAUUUGACCCUGUGGUGCAAAGGCUUAAGAUAAUUGAGAUUUACAAUAUGAAACUAGUUAAACUGAAAUAUUGUGGUUUGCCAUUCAAUUCGCCAGAGGUUUUGCCGUCUAUCGAACAGAUCGAACAUUCGUUCGGAGCAACACACCCUGGUGUUUAUGACAGUGACAAACAAGUAUUCGUAUUAAACUUCCGCGGAUUAUCAUUUUAUUUUCCCAUUGACUCCAAGUUCCAACCUGGGUAUGCACACGGAUUAGGAUCAUUGCAAUUUCCGAACGGAACUUCACCGCUCGUGGCGAAAACGGCCAUUUACGUUGGCAACAUGGGUGCUGGGGGAGGGAGCGACGAGCACAAUUUAAAAGCACCGCCGCCACCUCUACCUCUCGUUUGCUAUCAUAACAAUUUGUAUUUAGAGAAAGCAGAUGUUAUGAGAGAUAAAUCGCGUACGCGAGGUCUCAGAUUGCACCUCUUCACAGAAGCCAGUUCCGUAACGAGGGUCUUGCUCGAGCCCAAGAAACGCUGCUUGACCAAAGAGGUGUUGUUUGGCGACACUUGCGAAGAUGUGCUAAGCGCUUUAGGAGCACCGUCACGAGUGUUUUUCAAAGCUGAGGACAAGAUGCGCAUUCACAGUCCUCACGCGCACAAACGCGACAAGAUAAGACGUUCGGAUUUCUUCUACAACUAUUUUACUUUAGGACUGGACGUAUUAUUCGAUGCCAAAACACAAUGCGUUAAGAAAUUUGUGUUACACACAAAUUAUCCAGGACAUUAUAAUUUUAACAUGUAUCAUCGUUGUGAGUUUUUCUUGACUCUACCGCCAGAAAAUAAUUCCACUGACUCGGGAAAGCUCAUAGACGUUUCCCCUUCUCCAGUUACGAUCACUGCCUACACGAAAUGGGACAAAAUAAGCGAGCAGUUGAAGGCGAGCGCGCGACCGGUAGUGUUGAACCGUGCCUCCUCCACGAACACGACGAACCCGUUCGGGUGUACAUUUUGUUACGGUAUACGCGACGCAAUCGUCGAGGUCAUGGCAAACCAGCACAUCGCAAGUGUAACCCUGUACAGAGCGGUGUGACGUUGAUAAUUUACGGAAUAAUGGUGCAUUAUAGAACGCUCAUUGACGAGCAAUCGACGGGGUGGCGUUUUCUUGCAUGUGAGGCGAAAGGAAAUGAAAAAUAGGCAAGUUUCUAACUCCGACUGAGUUUGCAUAAUGACAUCAGUUCAAGAGACUAUACAAUGCAAGGAUGAAUGUCGAGAGUGAAUGUCCCUGAUGCAGUUUCUUUCCUUUCCAACAUUAACAUAAAGACAUUAAGAUGACGUCAAGAUGUUAGAUAAAAAACAAAAAGGAAAAAAAAUGUAUAAUGUAAUUAAUGAAAAGGCAGCGGAAGCAUAAGCUCAGAAAAAUCAAGCGAUAUCAUAUUGAGUAUACUGUAUUGUUGCUUAUUAUUAUUUUACACCUUUCCUUGGAAUAUAAAAAAAAAACCAAGGAAAUAAAACCAAAAAAAGGAAAAAACACGGAAAAUGUAAAAAGACGAUCAACUAAGGGGUACAAGUCUUUGCAAUAUUCAAUGAUAUCAUAUUUAAUAUACCGUUUUUAACUUUUGGUUACAAGUUUUACGUACGUAGUUAAAGAACCAGAAAGAAAUGGUCUUGCGUGAGCGAUCAACAUUUUAAUAUUUGAGCUCGAUAUUUGAAAUAGAAGAAAAGGUAAUAAAGACAAAUAGUGUCAAAGGAUAAUAAGAAUUUUGAUAGUGUAAUGAUAAACCUAUGACGAUUGUAACGAUAGUAAUGAUUAAUGGCGAAAACAUGUAAUGUGCUUAAAUCAAACAAAGAGACGGGUGUUUAACUUUCUUAAGCCGAAAUUUUGUAACGCGUGUUUAGAAGAGUAAGGAAUGAAGAGAAAAUAAAUAUUGAAUGCCAAUGUGAAAAAUGAUAUCUUGGACAUACAAAUCAGCGAGGUGCAACACACGUACUACAAGGCAGUCUAUACAAAAUUAAAUAUUAUCGUUUGAUAUUAAUUUCUAAACGACGAAGUAGUGAGGUAUCUGAAUGAAACAUACAGACAGAUAAAAGUUCAUUGAGCAACUAAAAGAUGUAUUUAUCAGCAUGGAAGGAAUUAACUUUAUACUACUUUUCUUACAUUCUUAUCUAUAAAACUUGAAUCAUUGUGAUACGUGAUACAAUUACCUCUUUGCAUUAACACACACAAAAAAAGAACGCUUACUUUUUGUGCUGUUGAAUAAUAUUUGCAAUUAUAAGUGUACUCAGAAAUUUGAUUAAUCUUUAUUCUGUUAAUCAUGUAACAAUUGAAUACCACAUCGUAAAUUUGUCUUUUAAAGCUUGUGAUGCGAUACGGAAAGUUCUUUCGUUUUCUUCAAUAAAUUCGACCUCACCUGAAUGUUAAUUUGCACAAUCGUAUACCCUACUUCUACUAGGGUAAAAAAGGUGAAUAUGUUUUACGCAACAUAUAAACUUUGAUAGUUGAUAAUCUGCAGCCAUUAUAGGAUCUGUAUCGAUUAAUAACUGUAAAAUAUAAUUAACAGAAAGCGUUCGAGGCGAAACGCGAAAGCAUGGGCGAUGAGUUUACUUUGAUUAACACUUUUUACUGCACAGAAUGUUUAUAAUAUUUUUUCUUCUUGUUCAUGGAAUUAGCGAUGCUUAUGGUCCACGGUUUUUAAAGCUCUUAUAGGCUACAAGUUAAGAUCCUCUGUAAGUUGUUCCGUUUCUAUUACUUGAAACGCUAAGUGAUCUCAAUGUAUGAAAAUCCAUGAUUCGAAGACAAGGACAAAGGAACAAAUAGCGAAGAAAAGUGUUAAUCGACGCAUAAUUGUACAAAAAGCUUGAGAGACGCGAAAUCGCACGUGUAAAGUUGCGAUUAUCCUUGUUUCUCAACGACUCUAUUUCGAUGGAAUACCUCCUGUUUUGUAGACUUGACUAUGUCGAACUGUUUUGCGUGGAAAUUGUUUUCAAGUAAAUAUAUAGAGUAUAGAAUUAUCUGACCAAGUUCUAUUCAAAUAACGAUGCAAUAAAUUCGAGACGAGAGGGAAUCAGAGAAGAACCAACGGAACUUUUGGAAAUUGUAUUCUCUAUAUAAUUAUUUCUAAUAAUUCCUCCCGAGAAAUCUCUCUAUUUAGUUUAUACAAAACGAAUCAUUUUGUAUCGAAUGGAUUAUAAAAUUAUGUAAAACGAU